CUCUGUAUUACCUGCUGGUUUACUGGGUGAGAAGAGGAGAAAAAAGACGGGAGAUAAAGUAGGACGAGUGUAAGGCUUUGACAAGGAAAGUGACGAGACAAGAGAAACAACUUAAGAAAUAUCAAAGAACUAUAUUGAUCCAGUUACCCUGAGUUAUGUCUUCUUUAAAGCCAGAGGAGCAGCUUGUCCAUGAGUUGAGCUGUCCUAUUUGCCUCCAGCUCUACUGUGAUCCAGUCGUCCUCCCUUGUGGGCACAACUACUGCCGAGGUUGUAUCUGCAAGACUGUUGACACCAUAGAAAAGAGUAGCAAAAUACUUCCACGAUGCCCAGAGUGCCGCGAGGAGUAUCAAGGAGUGGAAACCUUGCAGAGAAACUUCAAACUCUCUGGCAUCAUAGAGGGUUACCGAGCCACAGCACCACAGCUUGAGCUGGAGACCGAGACUGAGUCAGAGAGGGAGAAGGUUUUCUGUGACCACUGCAUAGACGAACAGUCACCGGCUGUGAAGACCUGCCUGAAGUGUGAGGUGUCACUGUGCUCUAGACACUUUGAAAAACACCAAGAGAAGGAGUCAUUCAGGACACAUACCAUGGUGGAGCCCCAAACUAAGCUGUGGAUGAAGGCCUGUGUUGUUCAUCAUCGUCCCCUUGAGUUCUUCUGCUCCAGCGACAUGGCCACUUUGUGCACCACUUGCUUAAUCGAAGGCCAGCACCAGAAUCACGAUGUCAUUACCUUCAGUGUAGCUGAAGAGGAAAUGAGAAGAGCGCUGCAGAGCCGCAGCAAGGUGGUUUCUACCAGACUGCAGAUGACUGAGAGUCUCCUGCAGAAGACAGCUGAGGAGCAGGGAGCCUCUGAAGCCAUCGGAGACAAACUAGUCAACAAGGCGGUCACACUCAUGGACGACAUGGCUGCACUAGUGGACAGGUACAGGGAACGUUUGCAUGUGCUGCUGGAGGAGGAGCGAGGGCAACGCAGAAAAAGCUGGCAACUUGGAGUGAAUACACUGGAAGAGCAACAGCAGCAACUACUGGAGGCCCAGAAGAGUGUCACACUGGCCCUCAGUGAGACAGACACAUGCUUAUUCAUCCACAGGUUCUUGGGGAUUGAACAGAAAUUGAGAGAAGCCCUCACAGCCACCAUUCCCUCCAUGAUCCCCUCCAAGGAUGCGCUCAAUACCAAGUGUCUCCAGACUGGCCUCAAAACCCAAGACUUCCGCUUAGAAAUGACCCGCCUUGUGGAUUCUCUUCAUGUCCUCCUCAAUCCCCUGGAGCUCACCUUCAACCUCUCAACUGCCCACCCCAGCCUGCUGGUGUCCAAUGAUCUGCGCACAGUCAAGUACAGCUCCACCAAGCAGCCAUAUGUGGAGCACCCAGAGCGUUUUUCAAGUGCACCCCAGAUCCUGUGCAGCCAGAGUUUCUCGGGUGGUGAGCACGUGUGGGUGGUAGAGGUAGGGUCCAACUGCAUGUGGUCACUGGGAGUUUGCUAUAAGAGCAUCCCUCGCCGUGGUGACCACAGUCGUCUAGGGCACAACACUGUGUCCUGGAGACUGCAGUGGAAGAACAGCAAGUUGACAGUUUGCCAGUCCUCCUGUAAUGUGGCUCUGGGGGAAAUGACCUAUCAUCCAUUCAGGAUUGAGGUUGCACUGGACUAUGAGGGGGGGACUUUAAAGUUCCACAGCAUUAAAGGGCGCAGGGAGCACCUUCACACCUUCAGGACUGUGUUUAAGGAGCCGGUUUACCCGGCAUUUAGUAUUCAUUCAAAUACACCAGAGUCCUGGAUCACACUGCAUAAUGGGAUGUGAGCAAUUUCUACAGUUUAUAUUUCCCAUUAUUAAUCAAAAUGUGUUUACAAAUGCUUUAUUUUUGGUUGAUGAUUACUGUGGGAGAGUUAAUCUAUGCCAUCUCACCUAAAGAGAGGCAAAUCUCUCCUUGUUAAAAUAUUAUGUUUAAACCAGAUACUUUCUACUAUCGUGCUGAUUUCUUUUUGUUAUUGUAUCACAGAGAAACCUUUAAAAAAAACAACCAAACAACCAUUUUAUGGGUACUCAAGCAUGCCUGUGAAUACAGGUAAUCCGUAAAUUAACUCUAAAUUUUAUAAUUUGUUAUUUGUCUGUUUUAGAUGCCAGCAUUAAGUGUUUUGAGAAUCCUGUUUAUGAAAUGUACCUUAAAUGUCUUGAAUGCUGUGCCCAUGCCUCUUAUUUUCUUUAUAUACAAUAAACAUGGAUGUGCGUGAACGCUGACAUUUAGGCUGAACAUGAAGCACGCUUCACGUUUGUGCUACAAAUAAACUCUGAUGGCAAUGUU